GCUGAAUCAUGAAGAACAGAAGAACUCACUGGGAGUGGUGCGGACAUCGUGCAAUAUGCGGAUAGGACACGUUAUUAACUCUCUUGUUGCCUGUGUGAAGUUAUAAUGCCGCUGCGCGCGGAUCCUGCUACUUAUCUCCAUGAAGCGUUCAAGAUAAAGUCGGACAGACAGUGAUACUGGAUAUACUGGACAUUAACAGGACAAACCCGCUGAAUAGGAGUGUGAUUGUGUGCUGGAGGAGAGAUGGGGAACGCAGGCAGCAUGGACCAACACACUGACCACAGAGGACCGCACAUCCCUCUGAAACUGCCCAUGCCCGACCCGGGGGAGCUCGAGGAGAGAUUUGCGCUGGUUCUGAACUCAAUGAACCUGCCUCCAGACAAAGCAAGAUUACUACGGCAGUAUGACAACGAGAAGAAGUGGGAACUCAUCUGUGACCAGGAAAGGUUCCAGGUGAAGAAUCCUCCUCACACAUACAUCCUCAAGCUGCAGAGUUAUCUUGACCCAGCCAUGACCAGGAAGAAGUUCAGGAGGAGGGUUCAGGAGUCGACGCAGGUCCUGCGAGAGCUGGAAAUCUCAUUACGAACCAAUCACAUCGGGUGGGUGCGUGAGUUUCUGAAUGAGGAGAACAAAGGUUUGGACGUGUUGGUGGAGUAUCUUUCGUUUGCACAGUGCGCUGUCACGUAUGAUGGCGACUGCUCUGAGAACAGCACAGAUAACUCUGUGGAUAAAUCUAAAGCCUGGAGUCGAUCAAUUGAAGAUCUUCAUGGAGGAAACCAUCUUUCUUCAGCUGUUAUAGGACACAACAGCUCCAGAACCAGCAGACAUUCAACUUUAAGGUGUAAUGCAUUACCCAGCAGGAGAACACUGAAGAACUCCAGAUUAGUGUGUAAGAAAGACGAUGUUCAUGUGUGCAUCAUGUGCCUACGAGCCAUCAUGAAUUACCAGUAUGGCUUCAACAUGGUCAUGUCUCACCCACAUGCUGUGAAUGAAAUUGCACUAAGCCUGAACAAUAAGAAUCCCAGGACUAAAGCUCUGGUCCUGGAGCUCCUGGCUGCUGUGUGUUUGGUUCGAGGAGGUCAUGAGAUCAUUCUGUCUGCCUUUGAUCAUUUUAAAGAGGUUUGUUCAGAAGAUCAGCGCUUUGAGAAUCUCAUGGAGCAUUUCAGGAAUGAAGAUAAUAACAUUGACUUCAUGGUUGCCUGUAUGCAGUUCAUAAACAUUGUGGUUCAUUCUGUGGAAGACAUGAAUUUUAGAGUGCACUUACAGUACGAUUUCACAAAACUGGGUCUGGAUGAGUAUCUGGAUAAACUGAAGCACACAGAGAGUGAUAAACUGCACGUGCAGAUUCAAGCGUAUUUGGAUAACGUGUUUGAUGUUGGAGCACUGCUAGAAGAUGCAGAGACAAAGAACGCAGCACUGGAGAGAGUGGAGGAACUAGAAGAGAACAUGUCUCAUCUGACGGAGAAGUUGCAGGACACAGAGAAUGAGGCGAUGGCGAAGAUCGUUGAGCUGGAGAAACAACUCAUGCACAGAAAUAAAGAGCUGGAGUCUAUUCAGGAGGUGUAUAAAGACGCCAGUUCUCAGGUGCACACGCUGCGGCGGAUAGUGAAGGAGAAAGAUGAGGCCAUUCAGAGGCAGAGUAACCUGGAGAAGAAGAUACACGAGCUGGAGAAACAGGGAACCAUCAAGAUCCAGAAGAAAGGAGAUGGGGACAUUGCAAUCCUCACAUCCCAUUUGCAGGGGAAUGGACAUCUGCGGGGUGCAGAGGGGGUGGCUGGGGUGUCCAGUGAGGGUGUGGUCAGUUCUGAGGGUGUGGCUAACGGGGCAGCACACAGCAUGCCCAUGCCUGAACCGCCCCUCCCACCUCCUCCUCCGAUGCCUGCGACAGUACCAAACAGUAUGUUGGCUGCUCCUGCACCUCCUCCACCUCCUCCUCCUCUCCCAGGCCCUGCUGUGGAUAUAUCUGCCCCGCUGCCCCCUCCUCCACCCCCCAUGGCACCACCUCUUCCUGGCUGUGGAUCGCCCACUGUCAUCAUGAACUCAGGGCUGGCAGCUGUGAAGAUCAAGAAACCCAUCAAGACUAAGUUUCGUAUGCCGGUGUUUAAUUGGGUGGCUCUGAAACCCAAUCAAAUCAACGGUACUGUAUUUAACGAGAUCGAUGAUGAGAGAAUACUGGAGGAUCUGAAUGUGGAUGAGUUUGAGGAGAUGUUUAAGACUAAAGCGCAGGGACCAGCCAUAGACAUAACCUCCAGCAAACAGAAGACUGCUCAAAAAGGACCAAGCAAAGUCUCGCUGUUGGACUCCAACAGAGCAAAAAAUCUGGCCAUCACACUGAGGAAAGUGGGCAAAACAUCAGAGGAGAUCUGCAGAGCCAUUCAGAUGUUUGACCUGCGGACGUUGUCGGUGGAUUUCGUGGAGUGUUUGAUGAGGUUCAUUCCGACAGAAGCGGAGACGAAAGUUUUACGGCAGUACGAUAAAGAACGCAAACCGCUGGAGAACCUGACAGAUGAAGACCGCUUCAUGAUCCAGUUCUGUAAAGUAGAGCGCCUAAUGCAGAAGAUGACCAUCAUGGCGUUUUUGGGGAAUUUCACUGAAAGCGUUCAGAUGCUCACACCGCAACUUCAUGCUGUUAUUGCAGCGUCUGUGUCCAUCAAAUCCUCACAGAAACUCAAGAAGAUUCUGGAAAUCAUCUUGGCUCUGGGAAACUACAUGAACAGCAGUAAAAGAGGAGCCGUGUACGGCUUCAAACUGCAGAGCUUAGACCUGUUAUUAGACACCAAAUCAACAGACCGCAAGAUCACUCUUCUGCACUAUAUCGCAAAUGUAGUGAAGGAAAAAUACCAGCAGGUGUCGCUCUUCUAUAAUGAACUGCACUAUGUGGAGAAAGCUGCAGCAGUGUCUCUGGAGAAUGUGUUAUUAGAUGUGAAGGAGCUUCAGAGAGGGAUGGAUUUGACCAGGAGAGAGUACAGUAUGCACGGACACAACACGCUGCUCAAAGAUUUCAUACAGCAGAACGAGAACAAGCUCAAAAAACUCCAGGACGAUGCCAAGAUCGCUCAGGAUGCUUUUGAUGAGGUGGUGAAGUUCUUUGGAGAAAAUUCCAAAACGACGCCACCAUCUGUGUUUUUCCCAGUAAUUGUGCGCUUUGUGAAGGCAUACAGGCAAGCAGAGGAGGAUAAUGAGCAGAGAAAAAGACACGAGCAGAUGAUGAUGGAGAAACGAAUAGAGCAAGAGGCCUUGAUGGAGCUAGAUGAUCAGAAGUCUCCCUCUCAUAAAAAUAAACGGCAGCAGCAGGAGCUAAUCACAGAGCUGAGGAAGAAGCAGGUGAAGGACAGCAGACAUGUGUAUGAGGGGAAAGACGGAGCCAUAGAGGACAUCAUCACAGUGCUGAAGAUUGCCCCCUUUACCGCGCGCACGGCCAAACGCAGCUCGCAUUACUUCAGCGAGGAGUUCCACUUCUAAAGCUUAGACUCUCUUUCUCUCUUAAAGAUCUGAGAAACCAGCCUUACAGGCGCGCUGAUGCCGUCCGGAGGAGCAUUCGAAGGCGAUUUGAUGAUCAAAAUUUGCGGCCAAUCAACAGUGCAGAGAUAGUCAUGUGACAAGGG